GCUAGUGUGAGUCAAGCUGCAACGCUUCUGACUAUUCUUGAUAAAUACAAAUUAUUCUCUGGUCAGAUGGUCAACCUGCACAAGUCUGUUGUUUUCUUCAGCAGAAAUACUCCUCAACAUCUCCAAGACAACAUCUGCUCCACCUUGCAAGGCAUUACCUCUCAUAAGUCCACAAGGUACUUGGGGCUUCCUUUAGGCAUUGGCAGAUCCAAACUUGAGGCUUUCAAUUUU